AACUCCCCAAACAUGUCCUAAAGCCCCGGUUGCCGGAAGACUAAACCCCGAUGAUUGUUUGCAGUCCUCGCGUGCUCAGUCGAUGAUGGUUCAUUUUCUCAGGAACCAAACAGGAAGCUAGAUAAAGUUCGUUAUGCUUCAUGCUGUGCUAAAUAAAAAUGGGGUCUUUGUCAGCUACCUUUAUUUACCAAGAUAGAUGCUUGCUUGCUGGGAAGCCAAUUUCCAACCACUUGCAGACAUCAUUUCUAGGUCAUUUUCCAGCUCGAACACUGCAAAUUAGAGUUGGCUUGCAUAAUCAACUGAAGAGGUCUCCCAAUUUUCCUUAUAUUAAGUCACAGAAGAAAGAGGAAUCAUCUGAAGAUGUGUUUGUUGAGCGUCCUCCCUACUCUAGUUAUUUUGACUCAACAUCUGGACAGCUUGAACCAGCAUCUGGAGCCCGUGCAAGUAUUCCAGGGCAAGAGUAUUGGCCUGAAGGAACUGCUAGUCGAGUUAGGGCCGCAAGGGCUCCUGAACCAACUGGUAAAUCUGCAGGCUCUCCAUCAUAUGGAAAAAAUCCUGGAAGUAGGAGGAAGAAGUACAAAACAUCAGCUACUGCUGAAUCUUCCCAAUCUAGUGUAGAACCAAGUGAAUCUGUGGUAGCUGCCAUAUCUGAGGACACAGUGGAAGAGCCUAAGGAUUUCUUAUCUGAGUAUAUCAUUUAUCAAACUGAACCAGAGGUAGAAGAAGAAACUGGGUAUGAUUUGGAUAAGAAACUUGGACGUCCUCAUUCAUUUAUUGAUCCAAAGGUGAAGAAGCCAAUUGAAGAGCCACUAACCAGUGAAGAACUAUGGUGGAAUUGGAGAAAGCCUGAUAAAGAACAGUGGUCCAGGUGGCAGAGGAGGCGACCUGAUGUUGAAACGGUUUUUCUCAAAGCAAUGGCCGAGACUGGGCAGGUGAAGCUUUAUGGUGAACAUCCAACAUUAACUGAAACUUCACUUUACAGAGCUAGGCGUCAUCUUUUCAAGGAAGAAAGGCUCAAAGUUGAGCAGGAGAGACUGGAAAGAAUAGGUCCAAUAGCAUACUACUCUGAAUGGGUAAAAGCAUGGAAGAGGGACACUUCACGUGAAGCUAUUCAAAAACAUUUUGAAGAGACUGGUGAAGAUGAAACCGCUCAACUGAUUGAAAUGUUUUGCCACCAAACAGAUCGAGAAUUUCGCAUUAUGAUGGGAACUGAUGUCCGUAUUCCGAGGGAUCCUCUAGCAAUGCGAAUGAGAGAGGAUCAAAUAAAGCAAAUAUGGGGUGGAGAUCCAGUUUAUCCUACUAUCAACUACAUUCAAGAUCCAAAUGAAGUGAUUGAUUACAGGGGACCAGAUUUUCAUGAACCAACACCAAAUAUGCUGGCUUAUCUCAAGGAGCAUGGCAAAAUCAUAUCAAGGGAUGAACUUCAGAAGAUUCUGGCAAAAGAGAAGACUGAAGAGCUUGAGAUGACUGAUAUGGAUGAGGCUAUGGCACAAGCAGUUGACAUUGGUGAAAAUGAUGAUGAUGAAGAAGAAGACAGUAAGGCUGACAGUGAAGAAGAGGAGAAAAUCACACGCAAUUGGAGUGUUCUGAAAAGUACUCCUGAGCUGCGGAAGUCAAAGGGUAAGCCUAAAAAGGAGGGUCCCAUGUCUCUGGAAGAGGCAAUAGAUGAUUCUGAGAACAUAACGGAUUUUCUCUUGGACUUUGAAGAAAAUGAAUGAGGCCUCCUCCAUUUCUAGAUCAUCAAGAAUGAGUCAUGGGAUGUGAAUUCUAGCAAGCAAAGCACAUUUUAGAAUUAGAAAGUCAUAAAGAAAAAGGAAAAAGAGGAUGGGGGGACGGGGAUGGUUGAGGGGCAGGGUGAAGAGAAAGGUAGAGAAACAAAAGUUUGUGUAGGUCUUUAUUCUUAUUCUUUUUCAUUUUUUAAUCUUCAUGUAUGUUGGUCUUUGUCCAAGUCAAUGAGAAACUUUGCAAUAUUAUUAUAAUAAUUAUUAUUUUCGUAU